AUGUGGGUGGCAACGCAGGAGCUGGAAAAAAAACACCUCAUCCACAUGCAGAGCCGCAGGCCCUGCCCACCUCACAAUGCCACCCCAGCCUGCUCCCAAAUAUCCAUGAUGUCCGGGAAACAAAUCCUAUCCCCGCCGCCUACGCCGGCCGUUCGCGCUCACCUACUCACCACAUUCGUUCUCGCCGUGGACGCGCGCGUGAGGUGAGUGAGACCACCACGCCAGACAAGAAUUAAUGGCCCUGGAGACGUGCUUCAGAGCGUGGGCGCUGCACGCCGCCCCUGCUGGCAGCAAGGACAGGCUCCUCGUCUGCAGCAGCGGCGGUAACCUGGUGCUGCCGUCGAAGCGGGUCGCGGCCGCGCCGCUGUCCGUCGGCCGCGUCGCCACGCGCCGGGCGCGGCACGUCUGCCAGUCCAAGAACGCCGUGGACGAAGUGCUGGUGGCGGACGAGAAGAACUGGGACGGGAUGGUGAUGGCGUGCGAGACGCCGGUGCUGGUGGAGUUCUGGGCGCCGUGGUGCGGGCCGUGCCGGAUGAUCGCGCCGGUGAUCGACGAGCUGGCCAAGGACUACGCCGGCAAGAUCAUGUGCUGCAAGGUGAACACGGACGACAGCCCCAACGUGGCGUCCACCUACGGCAUCCGCAGCAUCCCCACCGUGCUCAUCUUCAAGGGCGGCGAGAAGAAGGAGAGCGUCAUCGGCGCCGUCCCCAAGUCCACGCUCACCACCCUCAUCGACAAGUACAUCGGUAGUAGCUCAUGAGCGCGCGAGAGAGGCAGCCCAUGUCUCGUGAUGUGCCCCCGAGCUGCAUCUGCAUGCAUGGGAUACUGGGAUCGAUGAUACAUGUGCCCAGCUCGCGCAUAAACACCAUGUAUCUCUAGCCUUGCCCUUGCAUAUAUAUGGAUGGAUAUAUGAUAUGACGAUGAUGCGUAAUGCGUUCAUUC